GCAGCAGUGGCGCUCAAAGCGGCGGUGGCAAGCGCUCCUUUCCUCCUGUCGCUGCUCCGCUAGGACAGCGCGCUCUCAGCUUCACCGAGAGCCCUGAGGACUUCCCGCCGGAACCAUGCGAGGUUUUGAGCUCCCACUUUUGCUGUUGGCGCUGGUCCUCUGCCAGGCGCCCCGGGGGGCAGCUGCUCCAGUGUCCGCAGGCACAGGUGGAGGGACUGUCCUGGCCAAGAUGUACCCGCGCGGCAGCCACUGGGCUGUGGGACACUUGAUGGGGAAAAAGAGCACAGAUGAGUCCCCGUCCCUGUAUGUGUCUGAGGGAGACGGCCUGAAGGAGCAGCCGAGGGAAUACAUCCGCUGGGAAGAAGCUGCAAGGAAUUUGCUGGGUCUUCUAGAAGCCUUGGGAAACAGAAGCCAUCUGUCACCACAGCACCAGCCUACUUGGGUUUCUGAGGACGGCAGCUACUCGAACGACGUUCAAAACGCAAAGUUGGUGGACUCUCUGCUCCAGAUUCUCAAGGGGAAGGAAGGAACCUCCAGCUGAAGGGACAAUGACAAGGAGCAAAACAAAACCCUUCAGAGACUGCACUCCGCAAGCAUCAGUUCUACUGGACCAUCAACCGGAUUCUCUUUGUGCAAUUUACUUAACGAUUCCUGUAUCUUUCAACCGCGACUAAACUCAUGAUUUUCAAGCAGCAUUUCUGGUUUGAACUUGUUUCUGUGAACAACAGCCAAGAAAGCGUUCCAAUGAAUACCUUUCCCAGCUAGGCUUUUUGUUGAUUGGAUUCGGGGCUCCAAUCUGCUACCAUUCACAAUAAAA